GUUGAUGACGCGCACGCGUUAAAACUGCGUCAAAAGUUGUUUUGGACUAUUGUGCUUAUCGGUGGAUGGAAUAUUGGUAAGUGUGCAUUGCAUAUAUUAUGGCAACAUUUCUAUAAACGGUAUUUUCGACUUGCAGUGUUGUUCUAGACUACAAUGGAAGGUAAUGUUAUGAAGUUUGUUUACAUUGUUUCAUGGAGUUUGAUGGUAGGCAUUCCGGAGACAAGUCAAAUGAGCCUUAAAAGCAGAUCGAAAUCUAGCCUUAGUGAGAGUAAUAAUGUUGUUUAUCAUCGUUGCCGUCCAUGAAACUCCUAUCAAAUUUAAGUCCAAAGAGGACUACGUCCUCCCAUUGCUAAAUAACGCAACUUUGGAAUGAGGUGAUCUUAGAUUUUACUCCUUUGGGAAUAUGCUGUGGGUUUGAACGGUUGCAACAUUCUUUCACAGGACAUGGGAAACCAGCAUUUCUGCUAUUAACUGCGCGCUCGAUCCUCUAACAAUGCAAUAUGGAAAUUCGCUCUCAUAGGCGUCAGCUGAAGUCUUAACUAUUGUUGUUGAACCUUACACUACAUUUCUAAUGUAGCUUUCCGGAUGAAAGGGGACAUUCCCUAAUAAGGAAAUCCAGAUGCCUUGAUUGUUCUAAAUACUAUUUUUCAUAUAAUUUACAUUGGCUUUGACAUAUCAAUUACCCAUACAAUUAUACAUUAUUUAUCAUCAAUUUACUAUGCUACCUAUUAACCCGUUACAAACACAUUAUAAACCGUCUGCUACUUUUCAAGUAAAAUAGUGAUAGCGCAAUUAUUGUAUAACUUGGAUAAUGUCAGAUGACAUGAGGCCACGAAGAAGAGUGUUUUGGUAGGGGGCUAGCUAUAUUAGUUUAUGGGAUGCUUGGGGUUCGUUUGGGAUGGUUUGUAAUUCCAGUUAAUAACAAAAUCUCCACUUGAGUUAUUCCAUUAUUUGUCCCAUGGAGAGAGGUCUUUCUUGAAAAAGAGAUUGUAUCUCAAUGAGACUAACCUGGAUAAAGGUUAAAUAAAAAUAAAUCUGAAUUGGAAUUGACCCUAAUCCUGCUUGUUGUCCUAAAGCUGCUUUAUUGGCCUAGUGUAUUGUACAUGUCCCUGCUCUGCACUGAUCUCCCCCUGUGCUUCCCUCAUAGAGCCAAGAUGAGUGAGGACGUGUUUGAGGUCCCUGAGGGGGCAGAGUACCGUUAUCUGGUACAAGAGGAGGGAGAGGUGGAGGUGCAGUAUGUGCGUCGUAGACACUAUGUCAGCCCCUUCCUGGUCCUGUCCAGAAGCUGCAUCUUCCUCAUCUGUCUGGGGGUGCUAUCCCUGCUCACCUUGGCUGGGUACCUGGCCUACGUGGCCCAGACUCCGCCCCCUGGGUCACCCCAGGUCACUACCGACUGUGGACGCUUCCAGGGGAGACAGGUGGGUUGAUGGCUGCACGUUGGUGGUGGAAAGAUUAGAAUUAGAACAGCGUUCAAAUCUAACUUUAUUUAUAUAGCACAUUUCGUACACGGAUGCAAUACAAUGAGCUUUACAAAAAAAAAACAAUGUUCAGCCAUAUUGAAUAUUUUAACCAAUUGUACUAUAUGGUUGCCCCCAUAUGCCUACAAUGUAAAGAGCAUUGAGACCUAAUAGAACAGGGAUCAUCAAUUAAAUUCAGCCACAGGCCGUUUAUAUAUAUAAUUUUUAUUUAUUUAUGGAGCGGAUGGUCAGGGGGCCGGAACAUAAUUACAAAUAAUUUGUAAACUGCAAAUUGACCGGAAGAAGUCCAAACGGAUAUAAUAUUUGACUAAAACAUAAUAAUUUCAAACGUUGCUUACAUUCGUAAACAAUCACAUACACUCAUUGGCCAGUUUAUUAGGUACAGCUUGUUGAUGAGAGAGGUCGAAGCGGGCCACAAACAGGCAAGUAAUGGCGCUGUACAAAAGUAGUGUGCAGAACGGCAUCUCAGAACGCACAGGGUCAGCUGAUCCAGCUGCAGCAAGGCCACAGAUGUUUAGCUUCAAUCCUAUGCAAUAUAUACAGUACACUCAGUGGUCCGAUUGACUGUUAGAAUGGGCAAAACGAGUGACCUAAGAGACUUGGAGCAUGGUACGAUCGUCGGUGCCAGGCGUGCCGGUUCCAGUAUCUCAGAAACGGCCGGCCUCCUGGGCUUUUCACACAUGACAGUGUCUAGGGUUUACAGAGAAUAGUGCGACAAAUAAAAAAACUGUCAGCUGCAGUCCUGUGGGCGAAAAACAGCAUGUUGAUGAGAGGUCGAAGGAGAAUGGCAAGAAUCGUGCAAGUUAACAGGCGGGCCACAAACAGGCAAAUAACGGCGCAGAACGGCGUCUUGGAACGCUCAACUCAUCGGUUCCUGUCACGGAUGGGCUAUUGCAGAAGACGGCCACACCAGGUUCCGCUCCUACCAGCUAAAAACAACAUCAAGAAGCAGCUCCAGUGGGCACGCCAUCACCAACACUGGACUAUUAAGGAAUGGAAAAACAUUGCCUGGUCCGACGAAUCCCGGUUCCUGUCGCGUCAUAAUGAUGGCAGAGUCAGGCAACGGUACAGGCUGGUGGCGGUGGUGUAAUGGUGUGGGGAAUGUUUUCCUGGUAUCAAUUGAGCAACGAACGUUUCCGACACUUUGUAGAAUCCAUGCCCCGAAUAAUUCAGGCUGUUCUGGAGGAAAAGGGGGUCCGACCCGAGAUGGGUGUACCUAAUUUACUUUCCACUGAGUGUAUAUCUCUAUUAUGCAUGGGAAUACUUUGGAACAGAUUUCCAAAAUUAAAAUAACUUGGAGCUGAUUUGCUGGUGUUUUUACAGUCUUUGUAUGUCCAACAAUACAAUUUAAAAGAUCACCUCCAGUUGAGGAACCCUGUAAUAGAAGAUGGUAAAGGAUUGAGGAGUGGACUGUUUCAGUGACAGGUGCCUUGACCAUGUGGGCUUAUACGGAAUUACCUCCAGUGAACACUCAUAGUUAUUGAAAUACUAUUGGUCGUCUUUAUCAUUGCAGAGGAAUGGGGCCUACUCGUUCAAGGGCCUCUCCUACGCUGCUCCCCCCAUUGGGGAACGCCGCUGGGCCCCGCCGGCCAAACCCUGGUGUGGGAACGGGGUGGUGGAUGCCACCCGCUUCCGCAGCAAGUGUCCCCAGGUGCAGCCGCUCUCAGACACGGGGAAGGUGAUGGGCCAGGAGAGCUGCCUCUUCCUGAACGUGUGGACCCCUACCCUGAGCCCCGACUCUGCCCUGCCCGUCAUGGUCUGGAUCCACGGGGGCUACCUUCACAUGCUUAGUGGAGGAGAGGAGGGCUACUCGCCCACGGAGGAGCUGGCGGCCCAGACAGGGAUGGUCUAUGUCAGCUUUAACUACAGGCUCAACGCGUUUGGGUUCCUGGCCCUGGAGCUACUGAGGGACGGCUCUCCAACCAAUACCUCUGGUCAGUCUCUAGCAGUCAGGAUUAAAACAGAAAAAUAGUAAUAGGAACACUUUUAUCUUCAAACUUCAGUUGGCACAACAAAGUAUUACAGUACGGCCGAACGAGGUCUUGAUGUCUCAAGCAGUUUCACACAACAUAGAUCAUGUUGUAUUUAAGAUAUGAUAAUGGGAAAUAUUUCAUCUUUUAACAUGCUAUUUCCAGCACUAACAGAGUGAUGAAAUAGUCAUAAUGUUUAUGUUUUGUGCUCUCAGUGAUGUUGUUUAAAAUUGUGUAUAUCUAUUUAAUGAGCUUUAAUGUGAUUUGGAUAACUGGAGGUGAUAUACAGUGCAUUCGGAAAGUAUUCAGACCCCUUGACCUUUUCCACAUUUUGUUACGUGAAAUAGUUUUUUUUCCCUCAUCAAUCUACACACAAUACCCUAUAAUGACAAAGCAAAAACUGGUUUUUAGAAAUGUUUGCAAAUGUAUUAAAAAGUGAAAUAUCACUUUUACGUAAGUAUUCAGACCCUUUACUCAGUUUGUUGAAGCACCUUUGGCAGCAAUUACAGCCUUGAGUCUUCUUUGGUAUGACGCUACAAGCUUGGCACACCUGUAUUUGGGGAGUUUCUCCCAUUCUUCUCUGCAGAUCCUCUCAAGCUCUGUCAGGCUAUUUUCAGGUCUCUCCAGAGAUGUUCAAUCGGGAUGUGGCUGGGCCACUCAAGGACAUUCAGAGACUUGUCCCGAAGCCACUCCUGCGUUGUCUUGGCUGUGUGCUUAGGGUCGUUGUCCUGUUGGAAGGUGAACCUUCACCCCAGUCUGAGGCCCUGAGCGCACUGGAGCAGGUUUUCAUCAAGGAUCUCUCUGUACUUUUCUCCGUUCAUCUUUCCCUCUCCUGACUAGUCUCCCAGUCCCUGCUGCUGAAAAACAUCCCCACAGCAUGAUGCUGCCACCCCCAUGCUUCACCGUAGGGAUGGUGCCAGGUUUCCUCCAGAUGUGACGCUUGGCAUUCAGGCCAAAGUCUUCAAUCUUGGUUUCAUCAGACCAGAGAAUCUUGUUUCUCAUUGUGUGAGAGUCCUUUAUGUGCCUUUUGGCAAACUCCAAGCGAGCUGUCAUGUGCCUUUUACUGAGGAGUGGCUUCCAUCUGGCCACUCUACCAUAAAGGCCUGAUUGGUGGAGUGGUGCAGAGAUGGUUGUCCUUCUGGAAGGUUCUCCCAUCUUCACAGAGGAACUCUGGAGCUCUGUUAGAGUGACCAUCAGGUUAUUGGUCACCUCCCUGACCAAGGCCCUUCUCCCCCGAUUGCUCCGGGUGGCCAGCACUAGGAAGAGUCUUGGUGGUUCCAAACUUUUUCCAUUUAAGAGUCCACUGUGUUCUUGGGGACCUUCAAUUCUGCAGACAUUUUUUCGUACCCUUCCCCAGAUCUGUGCCUCGACACAAUCCUGUCUCGGAGCUCUACGGACAAUUCCUUCGACCUCAUGGCUUGGUUUUUGCUCUGACAUGCACUGUCAACUGUGGGACCUUAUAUAGACAGGUGUGUGCCUUUCCAAAUCAUGUCCAAUCAAUUGAAUUUACCACAGGUGGACUCCAAUCAAGUUGUAGAAACAUCUCAAGGAUGAUCAAUGGAAACAGGAUGCACCUGAGCUCAAUUUCAAGUCUCAUAGCUAAGGGUCUGAAUACUUAUGUAAAUAAGGUAUUUCUGUUUUUUGUUUUAAAUAAAUUUGCUAAAAUAUAUACAAACCUGUUUUCAUUUUGUCGUUAUGGGGUAUUGUGUGUAGAUUGAAGAGGAAAAAAUGUAAUUUUAUCAACUUUAGAAUAAGGCUGUGAAUACUUUCCUAAUGCACUGUAUUUGUCUUACCUCCGCUGCUUGGUAAAACGUUUAUAUUUUUAUUUCUCAUGGUCACUAUACCAUUUAUGCUUCACACACACAUACCUUGAUAUGAAAUGACCCAUAAAAUCACAUAAAGCCAUUGUUUUCAACACUCACAGUCAUAGACGAGAAUAGAAACGUUCUCCAUCUGAAUACCUCCUAUCCCAUGUCCUAUUUCCCUUUCCUUCUGAUCUGAAAGGGGUAUUGACACGAGGAGCCUUUAGGGUUCACUAGGCUAGAUGGAGCUUCUGAAAUAGGAACUAGGACAUAGUGAAACGAGGCCACGUCAAAGUGGUAUUUCGACGUCAUUUUGAAUCUCUUUAAUUGCUUUCCCCCCCAGGAAACUAUGGCUUUAUGGACCAGAUAGCUGCUCUGCAGUGGGUCCAGAGGAACAUCAAGGUGUUUGGAGGAGACCCCAGUAAAGUCACCAUACUAGGUCAAAGCUCAGGUAAUGAAACACCAGUUAUUAGAAGUCUGUAUAUGGGCUACCUGAGUGUCAAUGAAGUAUGCUUGAACGUUUAUUGUGCCCCCUUCUCAUUUUUGUUAUAAUACAAACCAUUUUUAAAGGAUGAAAACAAAAAUAUGCUCCUUUUAUGUUAGCGUGUGCUUGUAGCAGUGUAGUUGUGUGAAGGAAUGAACAUGGGAAUUUCCUCUCAUUGUCUACCCUCUUCCCAACACCCUUCCCCCCACACACACACACACACACACACACACACAGGCGGGACGUCAGUGUGGACUCUGAUGAUGUCUCCGCUGGCGAAGGGUCUGUUUCGUGCGGCGGUGGAUAUGAGCGGCUCCUAUGUGUAUAACGCACCACUGGAGAGGGCAGAGGCAGACAACCUGCUAUUCCUGAACAAGACUGGCUGCAAUGACCUGGCCUGCCUCCGAAAGCUCUCCACCACACUGAUACUACGGGUACACACAGUAUUGACGACUUAAACCGUACAGUCUGCCUUUAGGGAGAAAUGGGCUUCAUGUGGGUCUCUCUCCCCUCUCUCUCUCUGUCUCUCUCUCUCCCCUCUGCUCCAGGCCAUCCCAUGGAAGGAGUACCCGUCGUGGGGGGCAGAUGAUCUGAUGGACCUGCCCACGAAGGGCAGCUUUGUAGGUCCCGUAGCGGUGGUUGACAGGCAUGUCCUCCCAGCCCCUCCCUUUGAGAUGUGGGAGAAAGGAGGAUUCUUCAAUGAUGUUCCAUUCCUCGUAGGGACCACUGAGCAGGAGACUGACUUUUUGUAAGUAUUAUGCGUGGUCGGAAGAAUAAAUGAUUAUACAAAAUUAUUAUCUACAGAAGCUGUCCUAGAAAUACACAAUGAAAUUCGUAAUCUUGUGUGUGUGUGUGUGUGUGUGUGUGUGUGUGUGUGUGUGUGCACUUUAGCCCACCUUAUGAGAAUAUAUCCAUGUGGACAUGGGGAGACUACCAGUGGUUUGUGACAGGUGAGAAGAAGAAUACGCUAACCUCGGGGUCAAUAUAGAUCUAACCUCGGGGUCAAUAUAGAUCUAACCUCGGGGUCAAUAUAGAUCAAUCUGUAAAUAUUAUUUCGAUUAGGUUUUAUUGAGGAAAUUCAUCUCUACAUGCUCAAACAUUGCAGACUGUAAGAGAUCAACAAAAACCCCCAAAACCCAGACAUUAACAGAUAAACAGACAGAAAACCAAGACCGCACAGAGUGGGAGAUAGUCCAUUGAGCUGUUGAGGAAGUUUAUGGCUGUGGGAAAGUAGCUCCUGCUAAACUGGGCCAUUUUUGUCCCUUACCACUUAUGGGGACCAAGGGACUCCAGCAUCAGCUCCUUUCUCCAAACCCUGCUCUCAUCUCUCGUAUUUGCAACCCUGUCGCCUUUUUACAGUGUAUUCCUGCUACCUUGAUGACCUUCAAAAACACAUUGCCCUUUCCCUAAAACACUCUGUUCUGUGUCCCACACAGACAAACUGAGCCCCUUCAGCGAGGGUCUUCCUAAGGAGGCGUUGGAUCUGUACCCAAGCUCGGCCCUGUGCCCCACUCCUGACCGCUGCCCAGAGAGGGCUUACACCACCAUGGUGUCAGACAUGAGGGUCACCUGCCCCAACAACGACCUGGCCAAGAGGGCUGCAGGUAGGCUACGCUGACAGCCAGCCAAGGGGUUAGCAUUCACUAUGAUAAUGGAUAGCAUUUUGGGGGGGACAAUGGUCUCUCUAGAUAGAGAGGUAGUUGUUCAGAGAAGACACCUAUUAGAAUGGUCUCUAGAGAGAGAGGUAGUUGUUCAGAGAAGACACCUAUUAGAAUGGUCUCUAGAGAGAGGUAGUUGUUCAGAGAAGACACCUAUUAGAAUGGUCUCUAGAGAGAGAGGUAGUUGUUCAGAGAAGACACCUAUUAGAAUGGUCUCUAGAGAGAGGUAGUUGUUCAGAGAAGACACCUAUUAGAAUGGUCUCUAGAGAGAGAGGUAUUUGUUCAGAGAAGACACCUAUUAGAAUGGUCUCUAGAGAGAGGUAGUUGUUCAGAGAAGACACCUAUUAGAAUGGUCUCUAGAGAGAGGUAGUUGUUCAGAGAAGACACCUAUUAGAAUGGUCUCUAGAGAGAGGUAGUUGUUCAGAGAAGACACCUAUUAGAAUGGUCUCUAGAGAGAAAGGUAGUUGUUCAGAGAAGACACCUAUUAGAAUGGUCUCUAGAGAGAGGUAGUUGUUCAGAGAAGACACCUAUUAGAAUGGUCUCUAGAGAGAGAGGUAUUUGUUCAGAGAAGACACCUAUUAGAAUGGUCUCUAGAGAGAGGUAGUUGUUCAGAGAAGACACCUAUUAGAAUGGUCUCUAGAGAGAGGUAGUUGUUCAGAGAAGACACCUAUUAGAAUGGUCUCUAGAGAGAGGUAGUUGUUCAGAGAAGACACCUAUUAGAAUGGUCUCUAGAGAGAGAGGUAGUUGUUCAGAGAAGACACCUAUUAGAAUGGUCUCUAGAGAGAGGUAGUUGUUCAGAGAAGACACCUAUUAGAAUGGUCUCUAGAUAGAGAGGUAGUUGUUCAGAGAAGACACCUAUUAGAAUGGUCUCUAGAGAGAGAGGUAGUUGUUCAGAGAAGACACCUAUUAGAAUGGUCUCUAGAGAGAGGUAGUUGUUCAGAGAAGACACCUAUUAGAAUGGUCUCUAGAGAGAGAGGUAGUUGUUCAGAGAAGACACCUAUUGGAAUGGUCUCUAGAGAGAGGUAGUUGUUCAGAGAAGACACCUAUUAGAAUGGUCUCUAGAGAGAGGUAGUUGUUCAGAGAAGACACCUAUUAGAAUGGUCUCUAGAGAGAGGUAGUUGUUCAGAGAAGACACCUAUUAGAAUGGUCUCUCUAGAGAGAAAGGUAGUUGUUCAGUCACCUAUUAGAAUGCUUUGGAAAUGCCUCCUGUCCACCCUUCACUGAUGUAAUCACUCAUCUGUUAGUGAACAGCAGUGAUAGGACAGAGUUUUGAACUGCUUGUGGGUGUUUGUUUUGUGUGUGUGUGUGUUCCUAGCGGCCCUCCACAGUCCUGUGUAUCGGUACGUGGUGACACACACUCCAUCUCGUGCCGUCAACUCCUCUGAGGGUCUGUUGUCGUUCCCCAGCCGGUUCUCUUUCCACGGCCUGGACGCUUUCGCCUUCUUCGGGGGUCUAGAGAAGCUGUUGGGGGGACCGCUCUCCGCCCAGGACACUGCCUUCCGGAAGCUUCUCACAGAGCAUCUCAUCCACUUUGCUAAGGAGGGUGAGCGAGGGGCUACAACACAAACACCUCUCCUAGAUUGGUUCAACUCAGUGUUCAAUAUUAAUUCAGGAAAUAGACAUUUACCACAUACCUUUCCUCAUCUCUCUAUGCCUCUCCUCCUCUCAUCCUCUCUAUCCCUCUCCUCCUCUCCUCCUCUCAUCUCUCUAUCCCUCUCCUCCUCUCCUCCUCUCUCCUCUCCUCCUCUCAUCUCUCUAUCCCCUCCUCCUCUCAUCUCUCUAUCCUUCUCCUCCUCUCUAUCCCUCUCCUCCUCUCAUCUCUCUAUGCCUCUCCUCCUCAUCUCUCUAUCCCUCUCCUCCUCUCAUCUCUCUAUGCCUCUCCUCCUCUCAUCUCUCUAUCCCUCUCCUCCUCUCAUCUCUCUAUCCCUCUCCUCCUCUCAUCUCUCUAUCCCUCUCCUCCUCUCAUCUCUCUAUCCCUCUCCUCCUCUCAUCUCUCUAUCCCUCUCCUCCUCAUCCAUCCCUCUCCCAUCUCCUAUCCCCUCUCCUCCUCUCAUCUCUCUAUCCCUCUCCUCCUCUCUAUCCCUCUCCUCCUCUCAUCUCUCUAUCCCUCUCCUCUCUACUCCCUAUCCUAUCCCCUCUCCUCCUCUAAACUCUCUAUCCCUCUCUCCUCAUCUCUCUAUCCCUCUCCUCUCUCAUCUCUCUUCCCUCUCCUCUCUCCUAUCCCUCUCCUCCUCUCAUCUCUCUAUCCCUCCUCCUCCUCUCUAUCCCUCUCCUCCUCUCAUCUCUCUAUCCCUCUCCUCCUCUCAUCUCUCUAUCCCUCUCCUCCUCUCAUCUCUCUAUCCCUCCCCCCCUCUCUCUCUAUCCCCUCCUCCUCCUCUCUAUCCCUCUCAUCUCUCUAUCCCUCCUCUCAUCUCUCUAUCCCUCCCCCCUCCCUCCCCUCUCUCUAUGCUCUCCCUCCUCUCAUCUCUCUAUCCCUCUCCUCCUCCUCAUCUCUCUAUCCUUCUCCUCCUCAUCAUCUCUCUAUCCCUCUCCUCCUCUAAUCUCUCUAUCGCUCUCCUCCUCAUCUCUCUAUCCCUCUCCUCCUCAUCUCUCUAUCCCUCUCCUCCUCUCAUCUCUCUAUGCCUCUCCUCCUCUCAUCUCUCUAUGCCUCUCCUCCUCUCAUCUCUCUAUCCCUCUCCUCCUCAUCUCUAUCCCUCUCCUCCUCUCAUCUCUCUAUCCCUCUCCUCCUCUCUUCUGUUCUCUCAUCUCUUCUUCUGUUCUUUCCAUCCCUCUCUCCUCCUCUAUUGCAGGUAAGAUGCCGGAGCAGUGGCCAGAGUACCCAGCAGCCACUGCUCUCCUGAACCAUACCCUCUCUGUGGUCCAUGAUUACUCUGCUGAACGCUGCCAACUGUGGGAGAAGAACGGCUUCUACCCCUACGCCUGGGUCAACUGACCCC